UUCCCUAAGUUCCCCGAAACCAUUGCCGUCAAAAUUUCAGCCUUUGAAACAGAUCACAAAAAUCCAUUUUCCAUUUUGAUUAACCAAAACAGGAAAAAAAGAAAAGAAGAAGAGAGAGAGAGAGGGGGAGAGAGAACACCAACAACAUCAUUCAUGAGAAGGAGCAAAUCCAGAAAUUUGUCAUUCUUGGGUACAUUAUUCUACAUUUCUCUUUCAGAACAGAUUUUCGCCAUUUUUCACGAGGAUGUCAUUGGAAAAUUGACCCUAUAAUAUUCAUAUUUAAAAAAAAAUUAAUAAUGAAUGAUUUGAAGAUAGAACAUCCAAAUACCAAGAUAGAUAUGACCAAAGCCGAUAUCCCUACAACAAUCAUUCCUGAAAAUUCUAUCAAGUAUGAGAAGAAAAAGAAGUUUAUAAUUCCAAAGCUUUUCACUUCUAAGCGAAACAGCAAAGCAGGCUCUAACGAUGACACAGGAUCAGAUGGUGAUGAAGUUUCUAAUUCCAUUGGUAUUUCCUUCUCUGUCUACGUUUCUGUACAUAUUCAAAUAUAUAUCUUAAUGUUCUCUUGAUUUCUUUUCCGGGAAUUGUUUAGCAGAUGCAGAAAAUAAUAUAUCAGAAAGAAGGAUAACGUUCACGGAGUCGCCUGUGAUAGCGAGAAAAAAUUUCUCAGAAAGACGGAGUAGUCCUGCAAUUGAAGGCCUGAAUUUAUCUAACUUUGAGAAUUCUAUGGCACCAGAAACAGAAAUCAAAGAAAUUAGGAUUUUCACAGGAACAUGGAAUGUGGGAGGAAGGACACCAAACUCUUGCCUCAACCUGGAAGAUUUCUUGCAGGUGGAAGGCUGUGCAGAUAUAUAUGUCUGUGGGUUUCAGGAAAUUGUUCCACUAAGUGCUGGAAAUGUAUUGGUGAGUGAAGACAAUGAACCUGCUGCAAAAUGGUUGAUUCUCAUAAACCACGCACUUAACAAGUUUCCUGAUUCAAGCAGCAACCUGAAAGACUCGAAGCUCUUUCACAAACCUUCUCUCAAGGUUGUUCGUAAAAUUUUGAGAGCAGAUAGCAGUCUUCUCAAGAUCUGCAAUUGUCCAGUGGAGAACCGGUCUCACGAGAGACAUAGAUUAACAAAACUUAACGAGUCCAUGGAUAAAUUAGACCCGCAAACUUCUUCUCGUCACUAUAACAUCUCAAAUGGUUCAAUUUUUACAACUGAUAUGCUUGUAUCACCCACGCAGACUAAUUACAGCCUCAUAGCAAGUAAGCAAAUGGUUGGUAUUUUCGUUUCAGUGUGGGCUAGAAGAGAGUUGGUGCCUCACAUUGGCCAUCUCAGAGUUUCUUCUGUAGGAAGAGGAAUAAUGGGUUACCUUGGCAACAAGGGUUGCAUAUCAGUAAGCAUGUCGUUGCAUCGAACGAGCCUCUGCUUUGUGUGCUGUCACUUGGCUUCUGGGGAGAAAGAAGGGGAUGAAGUAAAAAGAAAUGCUGAUGUAGCUGAGAUUAUCAAGAGCAUACAAUUCCCCAAGAUUUGCAAGAAUCUAGAUUCUCCGAUACCAGAAAGGAUAAUGGAACAUGACCGAAUAAUUUGGCUUGGAGACUUAAACUAUAGAGUAUCUUUGAGCUACGAGGAAACAAGGAUUCUGUUGGAGGAUAAUGACUGGGACACAUUGCUAGAGAAGGACCAGUUGAAUAUGGAGAGAGAGGCAGGGAGGGUGUUCAACGGGUUCAGUGAAGGAAAUAUUAAGUUUGCUCCCACUUAUAAGUACUCGAAUAAUUCAGAUUCUUAUGCUGGAGAAAAUGGAAAAUCAAAGAAGAAACGCAGAACCCCAGCAUGGUGUGACAGGAUUCUAUGGUGCGGCAAAGGCAUUGAUCAGUUGUCAUAUAUUCGGGUAGAGUCAAGAUUCUCCGACCACAGACCGGUUUGCGCCAUCUUUGUGGUGGAGGUGGAAGCCAAGAACAGAAAAGAGAGCAAGUUCAGAAAAGGUUACUCAUGUGCGGCUCCCAGGAGGGUGGAAUAUCAUGAAUGCAUGCCUCAAAGGCAUAGCUUUUAUGGGGUGUAAUGGGAACCACCCCAAGUACUGUGUUAUGUUUUUUCUUUUAAUUUUUCUUCUGGAAAGUAUUUUUGCUAUUUGUUUUUGUUUCUACAGGA